CCGGGUGCCUGUUUCCGGUGGCUGACAGGAGCCGGAGCCCGCCGCUGCCUCCUCCGGCGCGGAGUACCACACACCCCCGCACACACCGCGGGGAGGAGGAGGAGGAGGAGGAAGAGGGCGGAGGGAGCCGAGCAGCCCCCCCGCCGCAGCCCCCGAGCGAUAUCGCCCUCAUCCCCCCAUGCAAUACGGGCGAUAUAGCACGGUUCCCCGCCCCGCGCUCCCACGGACAGGCACCUGCAGGUGAGAAGUAAAUAUGAGCUUGGCAGCACAUGACCAUCAGUGCCAGGACCCUGUGAUCUGAAUCGUGUCUUCAGCUGACUUCCCAGAGGCCAGGUGCUGUUGAUCCUGGAUCAUGGAGGACUGCCUUCACACCUCCUCUGAAAAUCUCUCCAAGCUGGUGAGCUGGGCCCACAGCCAUGGGACCAUCUGCAGCCUCAUCCCCAACCUCAAGCACCUGCUUUCGGAGGGGGCCCAUGGCAACCUGACAGCCAUGUGGGGCUGUAGUGCUGGCCAUGCCUACCACUGGCCCCUGGCUGCCACUUGCCGGGCCGGCUCCCAGGAGCGCGUCUGCUUUCAGGACAGCCGCAGCUUCAACUCAGACAGCCCCAGCAUGCUGGGGGUGCCAUCAGAGGCUCAGGCCAGCCCUCUGGAGCGCUACCCAGGCCGGCCGGGGAAGGCCAAGCUGGACUGCACCCGCACUCGUGACUCCUGCGACUUCUCCUACUGCAGUGAGCCGUCAGAGCUGGGCGAGCCUGUUGAGGAGUAUGAGGAUGAGGCCACCCUCUUCGACAUGGUCUGUGAGUCCUCCGUCACCGAUGAGGACAGUGACUUUGAGGCACAUCCGCACCGUGCCCCCAGUGGCUCCCGGAAACGGCCGGCUGCCACUGCCCAGGCCCAGGCCCAGCCCGCCGAUGAGGGCGGUGGUGACGUGCUGCUCAAGAAGAUCAAGCAGGAGCUCCCUGAGGACUACUAUAUAGUGGCCAACGCAGAGCUGACAGCUGGUGCUGACGGGCCGGCCCUGGCCCUGACACAGAUGUCCAAGCCCAAGCCAGAGCCCCCGGCUGGGCCCUCCUGCCUGGGACCCACCAGGACCGUACCCCAGCCGGCCGCAGGCCCUGAUGCUGACCCACAGCAUCCCUGCACCUCCCCACCUGGCCUGCCUCGCAUGGCCACGCAGCGGCCACCCCGGGGACCCCUGGCCUCCCCAGCACGGGGCACAGGUGGUGGCCCUGUGGCUGCCCUACAGGUGCCAGCCACCAGCUCCAAUGCCAUCACCACCGCUGGGAAACCCAUCAGCAUUCCCCUCUCAGCUCUGCAGCUGCCCGGUCAGGAGGAGCCACUGGUGGCUGGUGAGGAGACCCUCCCGUCCAUCCCACAGCUGGCCCCGGGUGGUGAGGUGGCCAGCUCACCCUUGGUGAGUGCUGAUCCUGAGGUCAGCUCCAGCCAGCAGCAGCCCCACGCCGUGCCCACCACCACCCCCGAGGCAGCGGUGCAGCCCAUGCCAGACCAGGAUGAGAGAGCAGCAGAGCUCAGCAGGGAGCAGAAUGAGAAGACCAUUCGCAGCACGCAGACAGCUCUCCGAAAUUUCCGAGAAUUCCUCAUUUCCAAGUAUCCCUCUGAGACCCGCGAGAUCUACGUCAUCCCCUGCAAAGAGCUUGAUGCCUACCUUGCGUCCUUCUUUGUGGAUGCCAGACAAAAAGAUGGGUCUGAAUACGAGCCAAACAGUCUGGCCAACUACCAAUGUGGACUGGAGCGAUAUCUCAAAGAGCACAGGUAUGGAUACAGUAUUACAAGGGAUAAGGAGUUCAAGAGGUCCCAGGAAGCUCUAAAGCAAAAGCAGAUAGAGCUGAGGUGUAAAGGCAAAGGAAACAAGCCACACAAAUCCAUGAAGCUCACCUUUGCUGAUGAGCUUAUCUUGCGCAAAAGAGGCUUAUUGAGCCGGUACAAUCCUGAAGGGCUUCUGAACCUUGUGUGGCUGAACAACACCAAGGCGUUUGGACACUGCACGGGUUUCCACGGGUCCACCCUCAAGUGGGGAGACAUCCGUCUGCGGGUGACAGAGACUGGGCUUGAGUACCUGGAGUGGAUGGGGCCAGACAGUGGGGACGUGAGCACCAAGAGCAAGCGAGGCGGGACGGACUCGCGGGUGUACGCCACACAGCACUCCCCGCAGACCUGCCCCGUGCAGGACUACAAAGAAUAUGCCCAGCGCCGCCCUCCGGCCAUGCGCUACGAGGAUGCACCGUUCUACCUGUCCAUCAAACCCGUUGUCAACUUGGCUGCCCUGCACUGGUACAAUUGCCAAGCCCUGGGGAAAAACAAGCUUGCCAAGAUGGUGAAGACGAUGUGUGAGAAAGGCAACAUCCCUGGGCGAAAGACCAACUUCAGUGUCUACCAGAGCUGCAGCACCCUCUCAGAAGCUCAGAGCAACCAGCUGGUGCUGAUCUGCAAUAACUUGAACCAGCAGGCUGCCCAGUCCAUGGCAAGCCACUCUAAUACUGGCAACUUCAUAGUGUCAGCAUCCUAUGACUCUUCAUCUGACAUGGCUUGAAAGACCACUGAACACUUUUUUCUUUUCCUUUCUGUUUCAAGCAUUGAAUUUGUGCUCAAUAAUACACAUCAGCUGUGACUGUACACUAUUCCCCCUCUCAGCCCUCUCUCCAGUGUUAAUUCACUUUAUAAGAAUAUAUAAACAUAUAAUAUAUUUUUCUUUUUACAAAUAAGUCAACAGAAAUAGUUUAGUAUUACUAACAGUAUUUAUAGUGUUAAUGCAAAAAUGAAAAAUACUUAUGGGUUAUAAUAUGAAUGCAGAUUUUAAAAGGAUAAAAAUGGUUCUCAGGCAACACAAGAUAGACUGAAAAUAUCAUUUUAAACAUGCACGCAUUAAUGAGUGUAAAAUCCCCAGGGGGGCUUACGCAGCAAUUCUGUUCUAAAGCAUUUUUUCAGCUUAGUAUUUUAACAUGUUCUCCCACAGAGGAGGACCCAAACUUAACAUUGGCUGCUGCUUCUUACACGCUAGCUUAUUCUUGAUCAGCAAGACCAAGAAAUAAGAAAUACAUCAAUGUAAGUUCACAAAACCAUUUACAGCAUUUUUUGUCUGUUUUAAUCAUGUUUCCUGAGGCUCAUUUACACUAUAAAAAUCCUGAAGUCAGCUAAAUGCCAUGUUUAGCUUUUGGGUAUGUUGGUUUUCUAUAUGUUGCUGGUGUUUAGGCUGAAAAGUAUUGUUCUCAACAAUACGCAAAAGUAUAAUGACAAAACCAUUGUCACUCAUAAUUUUACCUUCUUUAAGCAUAGGUUGUUAGUAUUUUAUCACUGUGUGUAUGUAAUGUAAAAUCUAUUGACAUAGAGCACUCUUUCAGUAUUCUAGGAAAACCAACAGUGCAGAAAUAUCUGCAAUCUUAUCCCAGCUGUACGGAAAAAUGGCAUCAACUAUGUCUUAAGCCAUCAUUUGAAAUUCACAAAACAACAGAGAGUGUAAUGAUAUUUCUACAGAAAUUUAGAAAGAAUUUCUACAGAAAGGUAAAAAGCUGGUCAGUUUUAAGUGCUGGAGUACAAAUUUCACUUAGUUUCCAUGUGAAUGAAAAUGUCCAAAAUGUGCAUGUGAAUCUGAAGGCAGAAUUUGGACUUUAAAGCCUUGAAAUAACAAGUUCUGCUGUUCUACUUUGUAAUGUUAGUUGUUCUACUACAAGUAUGGGAAAAACACUAACAAAUUCACUAUUUCAGUGAACAAUUAUAAUUCUUGACACUUAAAAUUAGGAACAGUACUUUUCAAAUAAUUAAACUUAGUUUAAGUUCCACAAGGAUGUGCUAGGGCUGGGGUGAGGCUUCAGACAAGACUGCUGGGGUAAUCGAGUGCCUGCUGAAGUCAAUGAAAGAGACACUCUUGUCUGACUUCGGCUGGGUAUUGGACCAAACAGCCUUUGGAGAGGCUUUCUUGUUUUGCAGUUUCUAAUUGUUGUGUUUCUUCAUGCUUGUUUGUCUGUAUUUCUUCACAUUCCUGCAUAUCCUUCAAAUUCUUUAGAUCUGCAACUGUGCAAUGACUUUAAUCUUCAUUAAUUCCAAAGACGAGGUGAAAGAAAGGUAGCAAGUAGAAAUAGAAGAAAGCCACCUAGCACCUAUAACCUUUUAUUCUGUGUUCCUAGGAUUAAAUGUUCCUGUGUGAGAGGGAGGUGGCAGCACUUCACUUAAGCCUUACUGAAGGUAUGUUUUGGGGAUGAAAUAGCAGAUGUACCACUGAAAAGUCUAAGGACAGAGAUUUCCAUUACAAUAAAUAUCUGUCCUCCCAGGAAGCUUUAUGCAGGUGACACAACCUGACUGUCAUCUCUUUUUUUUCCACAUGUAGCAAGGCUGUAACAAAGUCUGUGUUUUCUAUAUCUGACACGCCAUGGUAGUGUAACCACCAGUUCUACAGUCUUCCAUUUACCUUCUACUGUCUCUCAGAGUAGGCAGUGGUUUGGUGGGCACAAGCAGUUGUUCAUAUGGUAGAGUCCUCCUUUUGUAACCUGGCUUUGGGACUGGAGGCCAAAUUGUGACUCUACUGAAGUGACUGCAAGCUGUGUCUGUGACUUUCAGUGCCAUGGCAUAUCUGACUUGUAGGUGAAAGAGACAGAAGCACAGAGAGAUUUCAGGUGAAGCCAGAAAGCUGCCCAAUUUCCAGAUGAGGCCAGACAUCUGAUUGCUGUUUGCACUGCCUUGCCCUUUCAUAGCAGUGCUUUUAGUGUGAUAUAGUGAAAAACAGUUUUGCAAGGCCAGUGCUACUCUGGGAUUUCUUUACUGUUUUCCACUGAAGACUCACACAGUGGUGCUUAGUGUGUGCUGGAGUGUGAGUAUUCCAUGCCAAGGAUCUCUCUCACAGUUCCAAGUGGAGCCAGACUCUAGGGAAGUCUGAUUUCUGUUUCUCCCCCACUGGCGCUCAUCUCAACACUUCCCAGUGACAGCUAUUGCAGUAUCUGACAAAGUUCCCUACAUUUCCCUUUCUGUUCUGCAGUGAGGGGACAGGUAUCAGCUGGCCUUUGUGGGGCAGCAGAUCUCUGUUUCCCACCUCUCCGCCCCUGCCCAGCCCAUCCCACACCUUUGCUCUGAGGAGGCUGGUCACUGGCUGUACAUGUGCCGUGCUGCAAGCAGCUCUUUGAUGUGUUGCUUCACAUCAGUGCUAUAAUUCAGCCUCGACACAGACCUCAGAAGAAAAGAUUGGACGUCUUGGGUUUUGAACUGAGAUGUCAAAAGAAGCAUUUCCCAUGACUUUUUGACUCUACAUACUGCCUAAAUUGUUGAUUACCACAGUAUUAGGAUGGUUUGUGCUGACGUCCAGCAGCAAUGAGGCAACAUCUUUGAUACCCUUGACUUAGCAGGGCACAUGAGCAACAUUUGCUUGUCUGAUUAGGGAUAAGCAGUGGAGCGUGUGUGCUUAUUGUGACAGCCUCUGUAUUAUCACAAGGGAGGCCAGGGCUCAGGUGCAAUUAAAUCUGGCCAAAGACAUCAAGGACAGCAAGUAGGAUGUUUGCAAAUACAACAAAAACAAAAGAAAAAGGAAGGAUAAUAUGAACCUGUUACUAAAAAAGGAGGCACCCUGGUAACAGAGGACAUAGAGAAGGCAGAGUUACUGAACACUGCCUUUGCACUGGUCUUCACUGGCAAGACCAGCCCUCAGGGAUCUCUGACCCAGGAGACCAGAAUGAAGGAAUGUUGGAAGGGAGACAUUCCCUUGGUCAAGUAGGGAAAGGUGUUGGAGAGCACCUAGACAUCCACAAGUCCAUGUACCUUGGCGGGAUACAUCCACAAGUGCUAAGAGUCUUGGUGUGCACACCAUAGCUGAGGCUAUGAUCAUGCUGCUCAUGAUCACUUUUGAAAGGUUAUGAAGAGGUGCCUGCAGGUUGAAGAAAUCAAAUGUCACUCCUGUGUCCAAAAGGAAAGAAAGAGAUCCCAGGAAAUUACUGGCUGGUUAGCCACACUCCAAUCCCUGGAAAGGUGAAGAAGUGCCUCAUUCUGGAGGCCACCUCUAUCCACAGAAGAAGGUGAUCAGGAUAGUCAGUAUGGAUUCACUAAAAGUAAAUCUUGCUUGACCAACCUGAUUUGCCCUUUACAAUUGAACAACUACGUGAAUGGAUGGGGGAAAGCAGCAAUCUUGUCUACCUCAACUUCAGUGAGGCUUUCGAGACUGUCUGUUGUAGGCAAACUCAGGGAGAGUGGGCUGGAUGAGUGGACAGGGAGGUGGAUUGAGAACUGGCUGAACAGCAGAUCCCAGAGGGUCAUAAUCAGUGGCACAGGCUCUAGUUGGAGGCCUGUCCAUGGUGGUUCAUCCCAAGGUCCAAUAGUGGGCCCAGACAUGUUUAACUUAUCCAUCCAUGACUUGGAUGAAGGGGCAGAGGCCUCCUCAGCAAUUUCACU